CCGACGCCGAUUUCGUGGGCACGGUGCGACUUGCUGAGUUACUUGACUACUUUCAGCGAGGACCAUGCAAAUCUUCGUCAAGACGUUGACGGGUAAAACCAUCACGUUGGAUGUGGAACCAUCCGACUCGAUCGACAACGUGAAGCAAAAGAUCCAGGACAAGGAAGGCAUCCCCCCUGAUCAGCAACGCCUCAUCUUUGCCGGCAAGCAAUUGGAAGAUGGCCGCACGUUGAGCGACUACAACAUCCAAAAGGAAUCGACCUUGCACUUGGUGCUCCGCCUGCGUGGUGGUGGCAAGAAGCGCAAAAAGAAGAACUACACCAAGCCCAAGAAGAUCAAGCACAAGCACAAGAAGGUCAAACUUGCUGUGCUCAAGUUUUACAAGGUCGACGACAAUGGCAAGAUUAAGCGCCUGAAAAAGGAAUGCCCUGCCCCUGAAUGCGGCGCGGGUGUGUUCAUGGCCACCCACUUUGACCGCCACUACUGCGGCAAGUGCCACGUCACGUACAAGUUCCAAUCCGAAGGCAACUAAGCCAUCGAUGCACCUUGCGAUGCACCUUCCCCCUUGUGGACCCUGCAACGUGGUCUCUCGUCUGCUUGGGCCGAUGUUGGACGAUCGAGUAACUUCACAUAACAGGACUCUCUGAAAGUAGAAACCUCCUUUGCUCUCUUG